ACCGCAGGGACGUUCUGUGCCACGGGUGGGUCGCAGCAUCCCCGUGCCGCAGCACUGUAGGUGCUUUGCCUGCCGUGGGCCCAAGCAGUCCUGGUGUUUCCUAGCCGUAAUCCACGGGACGCGAUGCUUGAGAUCAUUUGGAGACAGUAGUCUAGAUGCAGUAAAUCGGAAGAAAUGGAAGAAAGGAAGAUCAAGAGGAGGAGCCCCAAAUCAUCUUCCAGUCACUCUGCUCAGGUUGCUAACUCCAAGAAAAGCUCAGUGCCAGUCAGUAAAAGUACAGCCUUUUCCAACCCUGCCCCACAGCCUGCCGUACAAAAACCAAAGUUAAAACGCGUAAUCAAAGAGAAAGCCAAACCUCCAGGAGGUGAAGCAAAAGGGGCACAGGCAGCACCAAUCCAGCAUUCUUUUCUCACAGAUGUAUCAGAUGUCCAGGAAAUGGAAAGGGGACUUCUGAGUCUCUUGAAUGACUUCCACUCUGGCAAACUUCAGGCAUUUGGAAAUGAAUGUUCCAUAGAGCAGAUGGAGCAUGUGCGGAGCAUGCAGGAGAAACUUGCUCGCCUCAAUCUGGAGCUCUAUGGGGAGAUGGAAGAACUCCCUGAAGAUAAAAGAAAACUAGCCAGUGAUUCCAACCUGGAUAGACUGCUGUCAGAUCUAGAAGAACUAAAUUCAUCUAUCCAAAAACUACAUUUAGCUGAUGCUCAAGAUAUUCCAAAUGGUACCACAGGUUGAGAGAGAACAUCUUUGUCAAUCUGGAUUCCCCAGCUUGGCUUUUGCUUUUCUGGACAAUGGAAUCAACAAGAGUUGUGACUUUGUGUUGGUUUUAAUUUUACACAACAAAAUCACAGUGCAAAUCCAGGUGUUUAUUUUGCACAUUCCUCUGCACUGCAUUAUGUCAGGGCUCAGUACCUAGAGUUGUAGUUAAUUGUGAUUUUAUUAUUGCCUUACUUAACAGAAAAAUUGGAGAAACCUGGAAAUAUAUUUCUUCUGCUGAGUGCCCAUGUGGCUGCAAGUGGUACAUGUAUUUAAGUUCAUGGGCAUUUCUCCAGUUUUUAUGAAGGUAGUGAUAAUACUGCCUUUCUGAUCAUUACACAGACAAUCUGCUCACUGUCUCUUUAGUGUUUUGUUGAUGAGUGAUGCCACAGAUUAAUUUAUUGUUAUUAAAGUUAAAAGUUUUAAAUAUAUGAUGUUUCAUUUGCAGAAGCUGCUAUUGGUUUGGCUGUGUUAGGAAGAUGAGCUUUAGCGUUGUGCAAGUCUUUGCAGAGUUUACAUUUUUCCAUUACUAUGAAUAAUUAUAACAUCUCACCAAAUUAAAAUUAGCAUGCAUGCUAGUAGUCUACAUAAAUUAAGUAUUGUGAAACUACAAAAUUGGGUAGUUACUGUUCAAUAAAUCCAGGAUAAUCAA